GAGGCUUCAGAGGCAGUGGGGAUCCCCCAGCCUGACCCAGAUGGGAAGUGCUCUGUAGGAAGCCUGCAGCAGCUGCUGCUGUGGGGAAUCAGACACAACAUCAGCUGGGACACCCUGCGUAUGGAAUUGGCCUCCAGGGCCUCCUUCCCAUGGCCUCCCACGGUGCCCAGUUGCUUGCUGCCUGCCGGGGGAGGGCACAGGGUGAGCGAGACCCUCCCUCCAGCACCCCGGAGAGCAUUUGCCGAGCCCCCUUCCCAGGCAGAAGUCCUGGAGGCCGCCUGCAACGAGAGCAUCCCCGGUUUGCCAGGAAUCUCCAACUUCACCAUCUACUUGUAUUGCACCCUCUUCAACGGCUCCAAAGAGCCCCACCGGCCCCCGCCGGACCUGGAGGCCUUAUGUUCCAGCACCACCUGGUACUUCUCCCAUCGAGGGCGACCCGGUCUGGAUACGAGCCUGCAAGGAGUACUUCCCCCAGCAGUUCAACAGCACAGUGUGUGGCAAUGCCUCUGUCCUCUUGCACCUUGGGCCCCACCAGGAGCUGGUGGAGGAGCUCUGUGCCAACCUCUCCAUGCCCUUCCGGCCCAACCGUUGCUCAGAGGCUCUGAGCACCAGGAGGAUUUCUGGACCUGCCUCUCCCUGGAGAACCAGACUCUCUGGACCCAAAACCUCUGCAGCAGCAGCCUGCAGGAAGUCUCUGAUGCCACCAGGCAGUGGCUGGGCACCCUCUGCCACAGCCCGCUGGCCCAAGGGGCUGGGCUGAAUGCCUCUCUGCGCCAGAGCACGGAAGCAGCAGGGUGUGGCGCCAGGGCCUGGAGCCCCCAAGCGCUGCAUAACACCAGCUUCCUAGCUCAGUGUGGGGAUGCCCACCUGCAGAGCUUCCAGGAGCUUGUGUGCAGCAACAAGUCCCUACUGGAAGCCCUGCAGCUGGCCCACCCCUGGGUGCAGGUUCACUGCUUGGCUGUUGAGCAGGAUAGGAGCUGCUCCCUCCCGUGGCUCCCAGGGGUGCUGCCACUGCCCCCGCGGCUCUGCCAGGAUGCGCCGGCCUUCCUGACAGCACUGGUAUCCCAGUUGGCCCGGUGCAAAGAGCCUCCACACUCCUCUUCCCAGUGGGUUCCCAGUGCCGGCUACCUGUUGCGGCUGCUGGACUUCCUGCUGGCUUCUCCUGCCCUUGGCGAAGUGGGGCAAGAGGGAGCCAGGCAGCAGCUGGGCCAGGCUCUCCUGCUCUCCAGCCUCCUGGCCAACAGCUCCUUUGGGACUUCUCUCCAAGCCAACUUCUCCCUGAGCAUCCUGGAGGAUGUGAGCCAGUUCCUGCAGGAAGGCGAGCUCGAUCCAGCCACCAAGGAAGACCUGCUUAACUGCUUUGGGCCUUUGCUCUGGAAUCUGCUGGAGAGGGAGGAGAACAUCUCAGCUCUGGAGUUCUUCAUGCAGGAAUACCUGCAGAUGCCCCAUAAGGUUGUCCAGAGGCUGCUGUGGUCAGCAGAAGGUGAGACCAUCCAGAGGUUUCUGGCCCUGCUGCACCACUCCUGGGAUCACCUGCAGAUGAAGGUGCCUCCAUGGGACGAGCGGGCAGUGGAGUCACUGGCCGCCCAGCUCCUGAGCAAGUUCCCUCAGCCAACCCCGCAACUCUUCCUCCACCUCUCGCACUUUGUCCCUUUCAUGGCUGCCUCAGACAUCCUGCGCUUGCCAUCCACCUUGCUGGCCAACGAUAGCGUCUUGGCCAUCAUUAGCAGCCAAAGUGCCCGGAUGACGCUGGCACAAAAGCGAGCCCUAGUGCAGCGCCUCCUGCAGGCUGAGCACCUCCUGGGCGAAGUCCCUUCCUGGCCCCCGGAGUUCCUUCACAGCCUCCAGCCUCUCCUUCCUCACCUGCCACUGGGCCACUUCCUUCAGCUAACACCGCAGCAGAUCCAGAGCUUGGUGAAUGGCUGGCAGGAGGCUGAGCUGGGCCUGGCUCAAGGGCGCCAUGUAGCACGUAGUUUGCUCAACAGGAGCCAUGAGAGCACCGAGGAGCAGAUGUGCAGGCUCGGGGCUCUCACCUGCUUCCUCAGCAUCGGGGACUUGCGUCUGAUCUCCCCCUUGCAAGAUCUGUGGGGGCCGAUUGAGAAGCACCUCCUGGAGUGUGUGGCCAGAGGGGUGGUGGACCCUCAUGGGCAGGUGAGUGGUGAAGAGGACCAGCCUCUCUUGGGCACAGCAGAGCCUAGCCUAGGGCCACUGGCCCAUGCCCUGGCAGAGCUCCUGCCUUCCUCGGUGGGCUCCCACGAGCUGCAAUCCUGGCGGGGUCUUGUGCCAGCCAUGGGGGUGGAGUUCCUGCGGGGCCUGUCAGAGUCUCAGGUAGGGGCUAUCCUCCCAGAGCUGCAAGCAGCACAGCUUAGCCGUGCCCAGGUGAGUCGUCCUGAGGGUAUGCUCUGCAUCUGCCGUGGGGGUGGGUGGGUGUUAGGCAAAUUUGAGCCAUUCCUCUCCAGAGCUGGGGCCAGCAGCAGCCUGCCUAGGUCAGUCCCACCAACUCCCUGUCAUGGGGAUGGGCUAGGGCUUCCACUUCCUUAUGCUCAGACAGCUUGCUUAUUUGUUGGGGGUUUUUUAAAAGCCACCUUCGCUCUCCUGCUGCUCUCGCAGGCCCUGCGCAUGGAGAAUGUGAGUAUCACCCAGAAGUCUGGGGAGGGAGGAGCUCCCUGGGAAUCUUGCCUCUAUUAUACCGUUUGUAAACCUGCAAGCUACAGACAUGCUUGUUCAAUCCAAAAUGGAAAGCAAAGCAUCUCCCUGUCUGCUGAUACUGUUGGGCAGGGGGAUCCAAAGCCCCACCAGUACCACCACCCCACCCCUUGGUUGCCAGUGAUAGGAUCUGUGGCCUCCCUCCCACCCUGCCUUCUGUCUCUGCAGGUGACACUGAGUGGGGCUGAGCCUCUCUGCUCCCUCCUCGCGGGCCUGGGUCCCCAAUCUCUGGAGGUGGCUGUGGCUGCUGUCUUGGCCAGAGGCUGUGCAUGUGUGGGCCCCACUCUGCCCCAUCUCUCAGGAGCUCAAAAGGCAGGUCUGCUUCAAGCUCUGCAGAGGUAUGGCCCAGAGUCCCCUGUCCUCAGUGCGCACCUGGACUGCCUCCUGCCUGCUGUCCCUCUCAAGCUCCUGCAGGUGGACACCCAGGCCCUGCUGGGGAGGAGCAGCUGGCACCGGAAGGCACCUUGGUCCCCACAGCAGGCCCAGUUCCUUUGGCAGAGCAUUGAAGCUAGUGCCAACAUGACGGGGGACCUGAUCUGGGGACUGGGACACCUGGCCAUGGGACUAUCCUGCACCGCUCUGCAGACCUUUGAAGCUGGGGCAGAUUUUCUGGCUGUUCUGGAAGCUCUCUACAGCCAAGACCUCCACCUGCCCUGGAGCCUGAAAGGAUGCAUCUGGGAGGAGAUCCAGAGGAGACCCAGCCUCUCUACUUCGGAGUUGCUGGGGCUGGGACCCCAGUUCCUCAUGGACUUGCCGACUCACCUGCUGGACAAGCUUCCUGGCAAGUCCUUCCUGCUGAUCUUGGACUAUGUAAGGAGCCACCCACACAACCUGCUGGUCUUGCCACCUCCUCGACGGGCCGCCCUCGCCCGGCACAGUUUGCAGGCACUACUGCAAAGGUCCCAAGGGGAGGCAGACAUCUCAGUGGAGAUAUUGAGCUUGCUUGGCCCUUUGGUGGGCUUCCUGGAGCCCGACAACCUGGUCCAUGCCAAUCCUGCAAAUCUGCUCCAACACCUGGAUGAGCUACGGGAGACCUGCCUUGAUAAUGGAGUUGCGGAAGUGCUUGGGCAGCUGCUGAUGGCAGAUGGUGCUUUGGGGGACCCAGAGCACUGGAGCCAGGUGGAGCUGGAGCAGCUGGGGCAUUUGGUGUUCAGGCUCCCUCCGGAGAGCACCCAGCGAAUCCCCCAGGCGGUGCUGAGCAAGGACCUUGUGGAGCAGCUGCUGCAGAGCCAGAAGCUGUGGGAGGAGAGUGAGCAGGGCCGGCUGUGUGACCCUCAAGGGCCAGCCGGGGGGCUGCAGGCCCAGAAAGAGGCCCUGGUGAGGAGGAGCCUGGAGGGCUCCCAGGAAGAACCUGUGCCCAGCUGCUCCGACAUCCGGGCCUCUUUCCCCUCGGCCUGGAGCGCCACCCAGAUCAGCGCGAUGGAGCUGGACCAGUUCCAUGACUGCCUGAGCCUCAUCAGUCAGGACCUCGCCCUCCGUCCGUAUCAGCGCCAGGCUGCUCUCAGCAAAGCCAAAGAGGUUCUGGGGCCGACCUGGGCAAUGGGCGCAGUGGAGAUGCUGCAGUUGGGUUUCCUAGCCCUCCAGCUGAGCGAAGAGGAGCUACAGGAGCUGGAGAUUCCUGACUGGGGAGCCUUGUCAGUGCUGGGGGGCCUGGAAGGCUGGACAGAGAGGCAGAUGCAGGCCGUGGUUGGCAGCCUGCUUGCAAAGCAACACAAGGUGAGCGCGGAAAACCUGUCACUGCUGGACUUGGUGUCUCUUGGGCACCUCCUAUGUGGGCUGCAGGUGGCGGAGAUCAGGCAGCUCAACAGCCAGGAAUUCAGCAAAGCGGCCUCCUUCCUGGGGUUGCUCCAUCUCAGCUGCUCUGAGGAGAAACUGGAAGCCCUGGCCUGGCUCCUGGUCACCCCCUCUGCCUUUGGGCCUGUCGCCAUGUGGGGCCCAGGGAUUUUCACAGAGAUUGGGACGCUGGCAGCGGGGCUGCCAGACAUCGUCCUCUCGUCCCUCGUCCCAGAGCAGCUUCGGGCUCUGACCCCAGAGGCGGUUGCCUUGAUCCCCGCCCCCAAAUUUGCAGUGAGUGCCUUGUUGUGCUGGGGGUCUGGGACGGGGAGGGGGAAGCCCGGGACGGGCCUCUCAGCUGGGGCUCUAAAUGUGGGCCAGGCAGGGGCUGCCCCUCCAGGGCUGGGCCCAGCGGAAAGGGGUGGGGGUGGAGCAUCAUCCCACUUGCGCUGGCAGCUCCUGGUGGGCCCUGCCUCGCCUUUCUCUGCUCCCCUGCAGGUGGUGUUCAGCCCAGCCCAGCUGCUCAGUCUGACAAGCCCCCAGGCAUCGGCCGUGACAGCCCAGCAGUACGGACUCCUCAGCCCUAAGCAAAAAUGGGCCCUGGAGCUGGCGCAAUGUGAAGGGGAGCCCUGCCAGGACCACAGGAGCAGAAGUGGCUCAGGGCUUCGUCCUGCUGUUUUGCUGCUGCUUCCAUCUUGCUGCCUCCUUUUGACUUUCGGGGGGCCCCUGGCCUUGCAAUAAAGCUGCCCCUUUGCACUGAUUGA